AUGAAAGAGGAGAUCGAUGCAUUACAGGAAAAUCAAACUUGGGAGCUCAUGCCGAAGCCAAGAGAUCUUAAACCGAUUUCUUGCAAAUGGGUUUAUAAAGUGAAGUGCCGUACGGAUGGUUCUGUUGAAAGAAACAAAGCUCGUUUGGUGGCUCGGGGUUUUUCUCAAAAAUAUGAACUAGACUAUGAUGAAACCUUCAGUCCAGUAGCCAAGUUCACAACAUUGUGUGCAUUAUUGGCGCUUGCAGCAAGCAAAGAUUGGAAGUUAGGGCACAGGGAACUGGAUAGGGAUAUUUACAUGACUCAGCCAUGCCAUACUUAUUGUGGCUUAAACUACACCAUUCAGCAAGUCAGUGCUCAAACGUACACGAAAACUGUGACUAAUGUUGGUGAGGCAAAUUCUAUUUACAUAGUUCAAGUAAUUGAAGUUGCAGGCGUCGCGUUGAGUGUUAAGCCUAGAAGUCGUCCUAUCAAGUAA